UAAAUUAACGACAAAAUAAACUUUUGUUUUGAAAUGCAAUUGUGUUUUGACUUUGAGUGCAGACACGGGUCGACAAAAUGAUACCACGGAUGCGAUACGAGAUACCCGUCGACCCAAUCAAAGUGAGGGGAGGGGAGGAGUGGAGACGACAACUCUUCGGCAAACAGAUGAGACUCGAGGCUAUUGCCCGCUCUGUGAACGAUCUGGUGAGGGAUGAGCGCAUACACCUCACCUAUUAUAAGGCCUGGGAGGUCCGCAACUAUGCCGAACGGUUGAUUAUGGAAGCCAUACGUUAUGGUGAUUGUCAUCGACCUACUAUGGAACUGGCUGACUUCUAUUUGAAG